CUGGAAUGUACUGCCCUGGAUUUAUCUGCUUCAGUUCCUUGGAAAUUAUUGGACUUUCGAAGUCCGUUAGUCCUUACGAUACGGGAUUAAAAGCGAAAGAAAAUUGUUCCGCUGGAUUGUCAUGAAAGACCCUUGUUGGAAAUUAUGCUGUCAGAAAAAAAUUCUACCUGAACUUCCUUUGAAAUAGGGAAAAAAAAGGGGGCAACUUUUAGGACUCGGUAUCAAGGAUUGAAAUUAAAUCAACAAAAAGUAUUGAAAGAAAUCAAAUAGAAAAUAUUCGAGAAGUUAUGAGUUUUCAAUGAUACGCCACAAUGAGGACCUUAGCCGAAGGAAUCUUUUCUAAAGUACUUUGCUUUUGCACCUUCAUCAGUGAAGCACUAGCCGGACCCUUACUGGGGCCAGAUGUAAUGAGUUUUGGCUCACUGUCUCCCCUGACAGUAUGGCAAGGGGCAGCCUUCCCUAUAAUACCAACAUUACCUUUGCACACUGGAUUACCAGCACCAAGGGGGACAGUAUUCGAAGGCCCCGAUCCAGGUCUUAAUGCUGCCAUCAUAACUGUACCUAGAGAAUCAUGUCCCAAUGGGUACCGCAGAGACAUAAAUGAUGUCUGUCGUCUGAAAUUCAGCUACGGACCAAAUCCUUUCUUUUCGUUUACACCUGAAAACUUCAAAGGAGAUGUGCAGUUCUACAUGGGACUUCAGGUGGGUCAAUCUCGACAGCCCAGACGGAGAGGAAGAGGAAGAGGCCGCCCACGACCACCUGCUGUGCAAGUGCCUUCAGUUCCACCACCACAAACAACUCCAGUAGACGACGAUGACGACUAAGCCAUUUAUCAUCAUCAAUUAGGUGUUAGCUAAAUAUAUUAUUUUUAUUUAAAUUUCUUCCCCCAAAAACUUCUAACUGUUAAAAAUCAUAGGCAGUUUUCUAUAUGCAAUUGUCUUAACCAUUUUCAUGUAAAUAAAUACUGAAAAAGAGAUGGCAAAGAAGAAUUGCAAGUCAACUAAUGGAAUUGAAAAAUCUCUUUAUCUAAAGAACUCUGAUGUCAUUGUUCUGCUUUAUGAAAAGUACAUAGAUGGGCAUUUAUUCACACAGCACACUAAUGAUCAGUAUUUUCAAUGAAAAACUUUUGACUGAAAGGCAUGUGUGUAAAUGAUUUCCAUGCCUAUCAUGAAAUUGUCUUGGAUGUGAUCAGUUUAAUGGGCAUUUUGAUUCAGAGCAGUGUUAACAUAAUGCAUUUUAAAACAUAAAGAUGAUAUAUUAAAAUAUUUUUAAAUUCUGAUGAUUAUGACAGAAAGCACAGCCUCUUUGGCUGUUCAGUCCCUUCUUCAAGAACUAAUUGUAAAAGGAAAUAGAUAUUAAGUUAAAAUUUACUUUUUUAAAUGGAAACUCUAACUUUUAGAGAUGCUACAGGAUUUUUAGGUCAUUAAGUAAUUAAAUAUUCUAUCUUUCCCAGCUUUUUAUCCUGGUAAUCUAUGUCAUGUAUUUACAUGGUAUAUCAGUUUUUUAAUAAGCAGGGUAAAGACAGUAAAAUAUAUGGCAAGAUUCUUUUUAAAUCAUUGACACAUUUUACCUUAUAUCAUCCAACAAUGUACAUUACACUUCAACUUCACAUAUAAUCAUCAUUUCUUACUUUUGUAUAGUGCAAGAAUGAAGUGUCUAAUGAAACAUAAAAAUGAUCUAUUGAUUAACGUUACACAUUGCAUGAGAAAAUUAUAACCGCUUGAUUUGAAAGAUGUUGGAUGUUAAGAUACAAAAGAGAGAAAGAAAAGGCAUCACCAUAUGAUGUUUUGUUUACACAGAAGACUAAAUACCUUCAAUUAUCUUUUCAAUGCAUUACAUGGGGGCAUUGCAAUGAACAUAACUUCCGUUUAAAUAAAAACACUGGUACAAGA